AUGCGCCCGGCUCUUCUCCGAUUGUUGAAGAGGCCAUCGGCACUCCCAUUAAUUGAUUCGCUUAUAUUGUGCCCGCCUGCCAUUGAGCACCUGCGGACUGACCUUCAAAAGAAAUGUUUGCGAUGUCAAUCAUCAAAUCCACAACCGUCGACACCCGAAUCUGCCGAGUCGCGAGCAGUGAAGAAGGAUGAGCAUUCGAAGCCCUCUACGAAACCCUUGAAGUUCACAGUGCAUCCCAUUGAAAAACAAAGACCAGAGUCAGACAACCGAAGUUCAUGCGAUCAGAACCAAGAUCGAACGCCUCUAUGCAAUAGCCCCCGCACACAAUUGCGACACGAAGCAUCCACACGCUGGCAAAAACUGGGGUUGCAGUUGGAGAGCCUGGAUUACGAGUCGGAUGUUGGCCAUACCCGCGACUUCGGCACGCGUUUGGUAGAUGAUCCUGCGCACCGGAACGACUUUGGCCUUUGGCUAGAGUUGCUGAUAUACCGGCGCAGGCAUUACGGCAACGCUGGAACUCGACACAUCUGGGAGGGGUUAAUGAGGCGGGUUGGUGGACUUCAAAUUCCUGUGGACGGAGAGAUUGCAGAUACCCUUUGGCAAACCUUUGUGGGCUGCGGGUUAGAGCGAGAAGGAUUUCUGAACGAAAUCGCCGAUUAUGCUCUAGAACUGUGGAAUGAAACAGGAAAACGCUGGCCCAAACUUUACCAAAGUAUAGUAGGCUGGUAUGUUAAGCGUGGUAGGUCAGGUCAAGCUGUGCACUGGCACAAGCGGCUCCAGUACCCGCACCUUUCGGACCCCAACGAUAUCGCACAGUGUUUUACCUCUUAUAUUUCUGAAUAUAUGAGGACGCCUAGCAAUCUGCUGGCUCGCCGCAUUGCCUUUGAACAAAUAUGUCAGCAUACGGAUGGGCACCAGGUAUAUGGCCAGGUCAUUCCUGCGUUGAUAGCGACUGGCAAACCCCGAGACUUGUUUCAAAUGCAUGAAUUUCUAAUUGCGCGAGGUGACCACCCACGUUCAUUGGAGGAACUCCAACCAUUGCUCGACUUCGCAGAAGCAUUUAUCUCGAGCAGUAGCACCAAAGAGAUUCUCUGGCAGUACUCCACGGAGCGGUUCGGGUCUGAUAAAACAGUCGAUUCAACCUCAUCUACGCCCGACGGCCCUGGCAAACUUGAUUUGGAAGAGCACCUUGAGGAUCCCGGAUUCAACGAUGGUUUUGGUGCUCGGGUCUUUGCCACCAAGGCCCUGACUUUCGAUAUGAUUUUGUCUGGUUUAAAAACAUUCCGUGUUACAUCUAUUGGACCCCAGUCAUUACGCGAGAUGGCUAGGAAAGCCGGCGGGAGUCAUGAUGUACUCGAAAAACUCGAUAUAUUGGAGCAAGCCAAUAUCUCUGUUGGAGACAGCGUUUUUUCGCGGCUGCUGAGCCGGCUCGCCACCGAAAACCGCGAGGCCCUUCUUUCCGAAUUAAUCAACAGCGACCAGCAUCAUGACGUGUUUGAAGAUUCUGAGACUCAGGUAGCCUUACUGAAGUCGUAUUAUAUUGCUGGGGAUUGGCGACAAUACAAUCUUACAUUAGAGGUUCUCAAAGAGCUUCUUGGUGAUGGAUUGGACUUGAUGAGCAUUCAUGUUCGGAAGCACAUCGCAGCAGGAGAGACAACGCUGGCCGCAGGGGUAGUGACUGAUAUGCUCAUGAAAGGCCUCACUCCAAAUGAGUAUAGCGUAACUUUCAUGGUCAAUUAUCUUUUUGGACCCCGGAGACCAGGACGUCGACCGGUUCAGCAAGUCAAUCUCCGCUCCCGUCAUGACCUAGCCUCUGUUUUCCGUUACCUGCAGGGUCUCUCUCAGGCGGGUGCAAAUGUUCCACUGAAGUUGUGGGACGAACUACUUAAGCGAUAUGGAAUGACAGAUCGCUGGGACGAACUGCGCGCCUGUUGUCUCUGGCUGGCCCGUCGCUACCCCGGCUACUCGGCCAGUUCAUCACCUUCCGCAACCGCCGCUAGAGCUCCAGGCGGUGACCAUUUGACUCUGCAGAGAAUAUUUCACCGUCAUAUGCAGGAAGCAAUAAUCUCGUGGGGUUUCAUCAUACAACCAUCGAAGCUAAAGUCCUACCACCUGGCUGGCAAACGUGAUGAACGGCUGGUUCCGUUUGUCCGGGGUAUAUUGCUCCUCCGUGAGCUCCAAAAUAGAGGUCUCAUCGUCCAGUCAGCGCCGGUUUAUCGCACCUGCUUGAAACGCCUGCUUAUCCUAUACGGUCCCUUUCAUUGGUCGAGGCGACGGAAUCGGACACUGCGUGCAGUGAAUCCAUACACGAUUGAGCGGGUUCUUUCAGAUAUCAACCUUGCUGGGAAGCCACACUUAAUCAGCGGCGAGCGUCUGGCUCGGUUAUAUGUGUCGCACAUUGAGAAUAAUGACCCGCCGCAGUAUCGUUUCGGACGCCAGGAACACGAUAGGAUAACAGAAGAAGAUGUAACAUGA